GUCUCCUUUUUCUCUCUCUCUCUCUCUCCUCUCCUCGUCUCAAGUUCCAACAAACUCCUCUCCUCACCUGCAUUGGUGGCCUUGUCUCCGCUUUGGGGGGAGAGGGAGAGAGAGAGAGAGAGAGUGAGGUCGAGUGCGCGAGAGAGAGAGAGAAGCAGCUGCGGAUAAGGGAGGGAGGAAGGAGCGAGGGGGGACGAUAAUGGGAAGAUCCGCGUCGUGCUUCAAGAUCAUCACGUGCGGCAGCGAUUCGGCCGACAACGACGAUGUCGAAGCUUCCGAGAUAAAGGGCGACAAAAAGGGCUGGAGUUUCCGGAAAAGAUCUGCCCGUCACAGAGUGCUUAGCAACAGCGCGAUGUCUGAAACUUCUGCUCCUGCAACUAAAGAGAUCCCUGAAUCUGCAGAUGUUAACUUCAAAGCGGCAACUGAUUCCGAUGUUCCCCAGAAAGUCUCAGCGAUUCAGUGCGCUGAUGAGAAGCCACCGCUGUUGGCUCCUGUGGAUGCAAAGGUAUCCGAAGCUGUCGAUCCAGUCAAGCCUGAAACUGUCGAUGCGGCCAAGCCUGAAACUGUCGAUGCGGCCAAGCCUGAAACUGUCGAUGUGGCCAAGCCUGAAACUGUCGUUGCAGCCCAGCCUGAAACUGUCGUUGCAGCCCAGCCUGAAACUGUCGUUGCAGCCCAGCCUGAAACUGUGGUUGCAGCUGAGCCUGAAACUGUUGACAGAUUCAAUGUGGAUGAAGCUACCAUUAUUUUCAUCCAAGCCACUAUAAGGAGUUUCCUGGCUUACAAAGCACUCUUAAAGCUGAAGAGUGUUAUCAAGUUGCAAUCUGCUGUGCGUGGACACCUGGUCAGAAGCCAUGCUGUGGGGACUCUGCGAUGCGUCCAGGCCAUUGUCAAAAUGCAAGCUCUAGUUCGUGCUCGCCGUGCACGGCAACUAACAGAAGGGAUGUUUGUAGAAAAGAAUGCAGAUGUGAAGCAGAAGAGGGAUGGCAUCAAUUUAAAGGCCUUGGAGAUGGAGAAUGCAAAUAAACCAAGUGCAGCUUACAUUUCCAUUGAGAAGCUGCUAAGCAAUAGAUUUGCUAGACAGCUCUUGAACUCGACACCGAAGGAGAAGCCUAUCAAUAUCAAGUGUGACAUUUCCAAAUCUGAUUCAACAUGGAAAUGGCUGGAGAGGUGGAUGUCAGCUCCGUCAGCUGAACCAUCACCAAUCACUGGGUUGAUGACUGAGCAGCAGGAAAGUAAGGAGAAUGAGAAACUGACACAAGAAAAUUUGGAGAAUUCAUCUGAAGUUCUCAGUAGAUCAUCAGAUUCUGUAUUGGCCUGUGAGGAAAUAUCAGCACCAGCUGAAAAAGAAGACAAUCCGAUCCUUCCUGACGAAGCCAAGUCAAAGCUUGAGGAAUGCAACGUGAUACCUGGGGAGGAGUACAUAGAGCGGUCUGGGCCUGAGAAAUUUGAAACAUUUGAUGCAAACGAGAGCUCAACAGAGAGAGAAUCUACUCCACCUCUGAUAUGCGAUAGCUCUAAAAUGGAGCCUGACUCUCUUUCUGAUAAGAUUGAAGUGGAAAUUGAACAACCAAAGCAUUCAGGGAAGAGGUUUGCCCCAGAUCAGCUUGAGACUUUGGGGAAGAAACAGGCGUUUGGAUCCAGAAAGGCUGGUAAUCCAUCUUUUAUUGCUGCGCAGUCCAAAUUUGAAGAAUUAACUUCAACUGUCAACUCGAGCAAAUCAAUAAAUUUAUCAAACCAAGACGUUGAACCCGAUUCAAAUGGAGUGCCGGUUUCAUCAGGAGACACUACCACUCAGGACAAGGCAUUUGGCCUGGAUGACAAUGUGGCUUCUAAUCACGCCAGAGUUCAAGUUGGUGGUUCUGAAUGCGACACAGAGCUUUCAAUUACUUCCACUCUUGAUUCUCCAGACAGAUACGAUGAUGGAAAUGCAGACGCAGUAAAUCAAGCCAAUGUUACUGAGGAAAGAACUUGCAGUCCUGAUGAUGUGAAAAAUGAAAUAUGUGAAGUUAAGGAAUCAACUGCUGUCCAGCUGACAUUGUCUGAGUCUGUCUCUGAUCAUCCAGAGAAGGGUGACAAUGUCAUCAGUGAACAGGUCACUUCAAUUGUCGCCGUGGAACCCCAUGUGGAUGAACUGAAUCUUGAUAGAAGCACAUCGGAUGUGCUGGGAGAAACUGAUUCCAAAACAGUUCAACGAACUUACAGGUCUUCACCAGAAGCAUCUCCCAGGAGCCAUAUAACCGUUCCCGAGUCACAAGGAACGCCAGCUAGUCAGGUCUCUGUGAACACUAAAGGGAGUAGAACAGAUAAUAAAACCAGGUCCUCGAACAAGCGCAAAUCCUUGUCAGCAGGCAAGAAAUCACCAUCAAACAUGCAUCGGGACUCUGGUACCGGCACUCCAAAACAAUUGCCUAAAGAUCAGAAAAAUGGGAAAAGGCGCAGUUCUUUUGGAUCAGCAAAACCGGCUAAUGAGCAAGAACCACGAGACAGUAGCAGCAGUAAUUCUAUCCCUCAUUUCAUGCAAGCCACAGAAUCUGCUAGGGCUAAGUUGAAUUCGAACAACUCUCCGAGAUCAAGUCCUGAUGUGCACGAUACAGAGUUCCACAUUAAAAAGAGGCACUCUUUACCCGGAGUGAAUGACAGGCAGGGCUCCCCACGAAUUCAGCGGUCAACAUCUCAAGCACAACAAGGUGCCAAAGCUAAUGGUGCUCAAACGCAAGAGAGAAAAUGGCUUAGGUGAAGAGCUCGCAGCUUAUUGGCUUGCAGUGGCUAACCAGUUAUAGAUGCCAUCUGGAGAGUAACACCUACCUAUCAAUCGCGUAGCUUCGUGCUUGCUUCAUAUGCUUUCGAUGUUUGGUUUCAAGGUUUGCCUGGAAGAGAGAAUAUAUAUAGAACUGGAGGGAAUUUUCGUUUUUCCUUUGUACCUUUCUGCUGAUGUUUGCUAAUUUUCUGCGACGACUUCACCAGGGAUGUGCGCUUGUAUCUUAAAAACAUUAAUUGUGUGUGAUGAAUCCAAUGUUAAAAGUUUCAUGUUCGUUUCG